AUGCCAGGAGUGAUCAGGAGUGGCUGUGUGGCUCUGUUCCUUAUCCUGACUUCUGUGUCUGCGGUGCAAAAGCUCAGGACAAUCAAUGAUCUCAAAAAGGUCAACUUUGGCCCCACUGUGCCUUCCCACACUCUUUUACUACUCCACUGGUUCGCCAGCACUGUUGAUAUUGACAAUAACAAUGUUGUCAGACUGACCUUCGAUCCAAACCGCGGCGAUUACGGCUCGCAUCACUAUGGAAACUAUGAAAGGUUGUUGGAACUGCUGCCUCGGGGAAACACACGAUAUUUCACUGUGGGCAAUCUCUAUCACGAGAUGUCGUCACAGCUGCCUUCCUAUGUUGUCCACCCUCGACAAGGGUAUGAGGGGAGAAACAGGGACCGGAUCAUAUUUAGAGUGAGAGAACAAAAUUUGGAAUGGCAGUCUGGACUGAUAGACAGAGUGUACAUCACGCAGCAUUACCAGACAUCUGAUAAUCUGGGGACCGCGUACGAUCCUGCACACACUUACGAAGUCACAAUCAAUCUUUUAAGUCAAAUCAGGCAGUUUUCUACAGCGGACGGCGACAGAUACUCUCUGCAGAAUCUAAGAGAUCGCUUUGGAAGCAGAGCUGACGACUCUCAGAUGAGGUACCUCCGAAACACGUGGGGGGACCUGGCCUGUCUCGGGCUGCUUUUGUUUAUUGUGAUCCAGGAAAAGAACAUCUCUGAUAAACCCAACAAUAGGCGACAGCCUCAAGUGAAAAGGAACACGCAACCUGAUUUUGUUGUCCACAUCCCAGAGCGCAGGCCAAUUGUUGCUUCUCAGUAUUAUCUAGGUUUUACGCAGCCUGAGAUGCAACUUAGGGUAACGACAAGCACGAAAGGAAAAGCAAAAAUUAUUUGGCAUAACGUGCCGGUAAAUUGUCUAAAUGAAGGUGCCAUGGUAGUGCUGUAUAGGAAUGAUGAAGCUCAGACACACUUAACUUAUAAGUCUAUUGGAAACGCAAAAUCGGGCAUUUAUAACACAUCAGUACCUCUGAAUGAAGGCCUUCAAGUUCGGCUACACAAAAUUAAGAAGCUGUGCUGCUUCUGGACAUCCAUUGGAGAGGAAAUACACAGGGGUGGCGAGUUUGAGACCCCCUCAGAUGUGAGUAUAAAAGGCUACAGUGCAAAGCUGCAACUUUUUGCAAAGGACGGAAAGGCUGGUGCUCGAUUGUACGUGAGGAAGACGUUCAAUGACUGGAAAUCCGAAUUCAAACGUUCAUGGGUCGGGUUCUACAGCUCUGGUCAACAAGACACGGGGGACUAUGAAUGGUGGCAAUGGCAGUGGGCAACCAAAUUCAACCUAAGCACAGAUUGUCCGGACACUUCCUAUGAUGUCUAUGAAUAUUGCUCAGGUAUGGCCAUUGCUCCAGGAGUCCAGGCACGCUUCAUACUGCAUGGGCACGCAGAAAAAGCACGCACACCAGGCUGGACGGGCUGA